AUGAAGAAUCUGAUUUUUCUGACCAUAACAUACCAACUUGUGGUUGCUAUCUGGCCAAUAACAACGUUUACAUAUAAUAAUAUCGACAACAGCAUCAAUAAUAACUGCGGGAAAAACUUUCAAUUCAAGCCAAACAGAAUAAUCUUAACUCAAAAGUCCAUUUCAGCGGAAUGCUACUUUAUGUGUUGCAAUACAAAUGAAUGUAGCACGGCAAUAUUUGAAUCUAAGGCUACGCAGUCUUGUUUUAUGUUUGAUUGUCGACAGCCUGGACAAUGCUUUUAUUCUAGUCAUUCCAAUUAUGAUACAAUUGUCUUAGAAGAAUCAAACGGUAAUCAGAGUUUGAAAAACAAAGGUAAUUAA